AACACGUUUUACCAAAGAUAAACUUCAUUCACACGAAGAAAAUUGUGAAGACUUAAUCAAAAGUUUAGCCGCUCUGAACGAAAUAAAAAAAAAGUGCAGUGAUCUUCAGACAGUGGCUUGUGGUCGACGCCUGGCCAAAGCGAAAGACAUUUUCACCGAGGUGAUGAUUGACCAUCAAGACACAAAAUUGAACUUUGACAGAAUUGAGCGAACGCUACAAAUACUCAAAAAAGGCGCUUUACCACCUAGUCCAGUGGAAGUAAGUGAAAUAUGUGAGGCGUUUGAUAAAAAAGCCGUCUUUGACAGUUAUGGGUCAACGCUGCAAACCGUUGAUUUGAAUGGUGAAAAACUUGAAAAUAAAUACGCUUUUUUCGAUGGCGCUGUGGACAACGGAGAUGAAGCAUUUUGUGUAUUCUCAUCAAAAGUAUCUCUUCAGUUGAUUGAAGCCGAAAUUCCACCUAAUAAGCGACACAUAUUAAUGGAUGCUACUUUCCGCACAGUGCCCAUUGGUCCAUUUAAUCAGCUAUUAAUAUUGUAUAUGAAGAGACAGAAGAAAGUUUUUCCUUUUGCAUAUAUCCUUAUGAGCCGCAAAACAACCAAGGCUUAUAGGAGCGUUUUUGAAUUCAUCGACGAAAACAUUAUCAAACUGGGCGAUGUUCUGUCUUUUACAACCGACUAUGAGAUGGCUAUGCGAAAUGCUCUUAAAGAAUUAUUUCCAGAUGUUCGUCGUUUUGCUUGCUAUUUUCACUUCUGUCAAGCGGUCAAGCGUCGUGCAUGGCAAACGCCUGGGCUCGUAGCACUUAUUCGAAACAAUGCGAAAGUCAGGUCUAUUUAUUACCAAUUGCAAUGCUUGCCACUUUUACCGCCCGAACACAUUGAAUCGGAGUUCAAACGUUUAAGAAAAGAAGCUAUGGAGCUUCCACAAAGAGCAGAUCUCUUUUUGUUUAUGCGAUAUUUCAAUGACCAAUGGAUAAAGAAGGAAGGCCCGCUUGCCAUUUCGGUGGCAG